GUAAUAGCCAAAUACUCCAGUAAUGGUUACAUGGACAUCUUACAAGAAAAAUGGUAUGGAGGUUUGCCCUGCUUCAAAUUGGCUAAUGAUAUUGCUCAACCAAGACCGUUAGGUGUGAAAGGGGUUGGCGGAGUCUUCAUUCUAUUGGGAGUGGGUAUACUACUUUCAGUAUCGAUUCUUCUACUGGAGCACUUGUUUUUUCGGUACACUCUGCCCAUUCUUCGAGAAAAACCAAAGGACAGCGUUUGGCGCAGUAGGAACAUUAUGUUCUUCAGUCAGAAAUUGUACCGCUUCAUCAACUGCGUAGAAUUGGUGUCGCCACAUCACGCCGCUAGGGAAUUGGUCCACACCAUCAGACAAGGACAAAUAACGAGUUUGUUCCAGAAAAGCAUAAAAAGGAAGGAACAUGAACAACGCAGGAGGAGGAAAAGCAAAGCACAGUUCUUUGAAAUGAUCCAAGAAAUUAGAAGUACUAUUCGCAGGCAACAACAAGAGGAGAGAGAACCCCCCCUGGAACCCGUAACCGAAGUUGAUUCAGAGUACCAACUAUCUCCCGAUGAAAAGAAGUCCAAAUUGAGCCCUAGCAUCAUCAGAAGAACUUUCCUGAGAUCUAGCCCUAAGGCAGAUAGCGGAGGGAAAAUCAGAUCACCCACCACCUACUUCAAUAAACAACUCUUCAGUCCCAGGUCUAAGAACAGAGCAAAAAGUUCAGUAACUCUCAAUGUCAGACGAUUCAGCACUGACAGUGUAUUCAAUUCUCCAUCUCUCAAACAAGACCGCAGUAGUGCUGUUGGUAGAAGAUUGAGUAAGGAUUUUCUAUCAAGCUCACCGCCUGAUAUAAACAGCAGAAGGUCAAGUGCUUUAGAUAUGCUGAGCAGUGGAAGUAAAUUGGCCGGAAAAAGUCCUAUUCUAUCCAUUGAGAAUCUAUCAGACUGCAGCAAAUACUCGGAACCGAUGAGAAAACUUUCAGACAGCGAAAGUAUUGGUAAAAAGCUAGCCACCUUACCACGCUAUCAAGAACCAAUUGACAAACACCGUUUGCAACCGCAGUACAGCUUGACUCUUGGCAAAAGUGAUGAAACUUUAUGCUCAUCUGGAAAAUCUGACUUUUUGACAACAACUAGAAGUUUCAAUAAUGUAUCGGGGACCAAUACAAGUGAAAUGAAAAAUAACUUAUCUGAUGACGACGUUGCUAGGAGAAACAGGCAAACUAUAGAGGAACUACAAGGAAGAAUCACGAAAAAUCUCAAACCACUCAAGAGAACCGAAAAUGUUACACCGAAACAAAAAAAUAAUCCUCAGAUUCGAAUUCAGGUGGAAGAUACCACGCAGGUUGAAUCAAUCCCUGACAAGGUUGAAUUGCGACAUCCUCCGUUGUCAAGAAGAAAUAAAACCAGGCAUCAGAGUUUGGGUGAUGCGACAGCAUCCAUUGGCGAACAGAACAGAAGAAAUAGGUUAACAGAGCAAUCGAAAUCCCUGGAUAGUAACAAUCCUACGCCUAGAGAAAAGUCAAGGUCAAAAUCAAGACUACGAGAAGAAGAAUUGCCACCUGCUCCACCUCCUCCUAACUGUUCUCCGCGGAAUUCAAAUGGCAGGUCUCCUCUGGAACGUCUAUCCAAAGACGAGUUGGUUCUUUUAUGGAGGAGUUCGGAGUCUGAGCUCAGAAGCCACCUACUGACGGCUCUGAGGGAUAAGGAAGAGCCAUCAGAUCCCACUUGAGAAAGUACCGGAAAGUUUGAGGAAGGACAACUUUGAAGUCAUGACUUGGCAGUCCGGAACCUUCGUUUUGCCAUUACGACCAUCUUCAUUCAUUUUCCAAUUGGAUCAUAGUGAAACUUUUUGACAGUCGUUGAUUCACUAGGCACGGAGAUGUUUGAAAUGGAAUUUGGUGCCUAUGGAAUGAAUAAACGGCCUUAGCAUUAUUAAUAGUGAUAAAAAUCGACCACUAAGUGUUACUAGGAGCCUUUAUCUUUGGAGGCUAAGAGCCUCAUCGCCUUUUUAACUAGGACUGUUUCUAUAGAAUUUUAUCGAUCAAUUCACCAUGUUCUUCUUAAUUUCCAUGAUUCUCAUAAAUUUAAUGAUAUAUACUGCCAAUUAUAUUUAGAAUUUUUCAAGUAGAUUGGUGAUAUUGAAGUCUUAUGCUGCAGAUUUAAGGGUGUUUGAAGGGAGUUUUAAUGAAUAGUUUAGCAAAAAUGUCAGAUAUUAAUGUUAUUACCUCCUCGGUAUCACAUGAAAAGUAUGACAUCGAAUAAUGCUCUGGAACAAAACAUCAUUAUUCAACUACGAUGUGAAAAGAUAUUUUCAUUAUGGAAAACUAGCGCUGGGAAACUCGCAGGAUUGUUACAUUUCUCAACAUUUCCGACAUCAGAUCCUGGACUAUUAACGUAUUCUA